UCACUGAACGUCUUUGUGUCCGCAGACUCCUCCGGGGCUCUGCAGCAGGGAGAGGCUGCAAACCUCUCCAGACAGCAGGCUGGCAUUCCCGGCUUCAACAAACCACCGCACCCCGCUUUCCGAGACAAGAGACGGAUCUAGGGUGUGUGUGAAGAGGAGGAGUGCUGCUCAGACUUGGAGCAACAGAGAAUAAAGGAGAAGAGGUGGAGUAAAGGGGCGUUUAUUGUGGCGAGAAGAGAAAAGAAGUCUGGGUCUCCAGAUGCAUAAUUGGCUCUGACAGUCGAUCUGAUCCGCCACAGAUCCGGAGGAAAUGGAGGCCAGUGAGGGUGAAGAGUCGGGGAUACCCGCCAGGGAUCUUCCUUCACACCUCGGCUCAGCAGCUCCAGACAUGUCGCAACAGAUCAGCGCAGAAAACUGCUACGAGGUUCUGACAAAAGCCAAGAGCGAGGGCGCGGAGGACGUGAAGGAGCGGGUCUACCGCUACAUGAGUGACCACUACCUGCAGGUGUUGCGGACCCCCAGGAUGUACGGCCGGCUGACCGCAGGGGAGAGGGAGCUCAUCUUGGCCCGGAGGAUGGAGGGGACGAAGGUGCUGGCGGUGGCCGAGAGCAGCGACGUGUACGACCGCGGGGGGAGCCAGGAGAACAGCCGGUCGCAGAGCCCGCUGCUGCCAUCGGGGUCGCUCUUCUCCCGCCUGCUGCGGUACGACCCCCGGCGGGACGAGUGGGAGGAGUGUCCGUUCAACGAGAGCCGGGGGCGGUCCACGGACAUGGUGGCGCACCGCAGCCUUGUGUACCGCUUCGACGUGGACCGGGAGCGCGCGGGAGUGACCGUGUACAAGUACAACACGGUGGUGAAGGUGUGGCACGGUGGCGCGUCCUUCCCGCUGGACAACCCGCUGCCGUUCCGCUGCGCGAUGCUCGGGGACCUGAUCUACUGCGUUAACCGGAGCCAGAUGCUGCAAUUCGAGGUGCGGGAGGAGCGUGAGGGCUUCCUCCCGGAGGUGCUGCGCUCCCCCGCAGAGGCCAGAGGAGCCCUGAUGCCUUUCAUCCUGUGCCUGAACCUGGACAAAUGAUUUUUCCUGGGACAAACCCUCCUUUGGUCCAGGACUGAGACUAAAAUGUGCUAAACGACCAGGUGAACCUGCCUCCUCUUCCUCAUUUGGAGUCUGUGCCUUUUUUAUUUUAACCCGUGAAGCUCUGGUUUUACCCAAAGUCGCGGAAAUGUUUACACUUGUUGCUGCAUGAAAACCAGAUGUUCGCCUACAGAUUAGACAGAUGCCUCUACUGAACAUGAACCUGAACUUAAAAGAUGUGUAAACCUAAACCCCGCCCACCUGCUUCGAAAUCACACAGGUAAAACAAAUUCAUGUUACCUGCACAUGAGAGCAUCCUCUCCAGUGUGACGUCAUGGUCUCCUGACCAGGUUCGGGUAUUUUUGGGUCCACAUGACACAACCAGUUAAACAGACACGAAUCUCAUCAGAUGAAAUGAGCAGUAACAACCACAGAGGGACUGAAUUUGAUGAUGAUGAUGAUGAUGAUGAAUAUGGUGGUUUAUGUUACCAGAACUCAGCUCAGCAUACAAACCAACGCUGACGUCACUUCCUUGUCUGGUUCCUAGCAUGUGUUUGUACUUUGCACAGUUCGGACAAGAGAACGUCCUUUAGCCACCGAACUGGAGCAAAAACACUGGUGAUAAUCAAACUGGCAGUGGAAACAAGGCGGCGCGCGCCUGGAGCAGCCGCGCACGGUGCAUCUGACUGUUAGAACAGGACAUUCACGUUUUGUAAAUAAAGUUUAAAGUCUGUUUCAAGUAUCAGAAAUAAAAGUAUUG